AUGUCCGGACGUUUGGAUAUUUCUGAUAAUGGUUUGCCUUAUGACCAUACCAUCAACGGUUUCAAUAAAUGUGUCCUUUGUGGAGAGUCGCCUCAAAAAUUUCCAAAUGAGCCUAGCCGACGUGAAUACCAAGAAAUAAGUGGAAUUUGUCCCUGUUGUUGGGAAAUGACAACGCUCCCCUGUGAUGAAGUAGAGGAAGAAAUCGAACAUGCAAGGAAAGUACUACUUUUUUAUGGGCGCGAAUUCAUUUUUCGAAAUAAAUGGCCGUAUUCAUGGAAAUGUCUUACAUGUAAAAAGUUAGUUCAGGGAGAACAGACCAAAAAACCACACAUAUGUGCAACUAAAAAU